GUUCGCCUGACGUAAACUGUAUGUCCGCCGAUGGCAUAAAACGCAGACUCCACCUAUCCAAAGGGAUAUACACGUUCAGUUCGACCGGAUCCUGUCCAUUCGGACAUUGCAUAAGAAUCACCCAAGGUCCUAUCACUAAAUUGCGCUUUCGGCGAGCGAUGGUGGUACCGUUCGAAGUAAGUCCCUUCCCGGAGUGAUAACAAACGCUGAUUGAUUAGUUACAUGGGCGCUCUCCUCUUCAGCUCCGCCACUUUCAUCCUUCCAGCCAUCUACGGCACGCUUGUCAAGAUCUGGAUCGCGAAUAUUGAUGCCUCUCUCGUCGUCACGAUUGAUGUCUACACGCAUAUCGGCACUGUUGCAGAAGUCAUCAAUGAAGGCCUGCCGCGCGCAGUAUGGUCUACAAUUGCCGACAAGGGAGCACGAUCCCUUGGGGCUCGCUUAAGACUUGCACACUCACUAUUGGUGUUCCAAACUUUAAUGGGGGUAUUACUGAGCAUCAUGUUCGUGUGUGUUGCUCGAGAGUUUUUAUCUAAAUUCGUUCCACAUGACGUCGCAGAAGCAAGUAUAACGUACGUCCAUAUCAGCUCCUUUUCUGCUCUGAGUUCUGCGGUUGAGGUGGCCGCUUCCAGCGCGACGCGCACUCUGGGUAAACCAGACGUUCCACUUGUGAUCAACACUGUUAAAGUAGCGGUGAACAUUCUCCUUGACCUUCUACUAACCUCUAAGUUCCAUGCCGGUGGAUGGCAGCCGACAGUCAUCAUGCAAGCUGGAAUUUGAUGUGAAGCCCUGAAUUCCGCACAAGCCUCGGGCGAUUGGCUCCGUAGUUUGCGUCCAAUGAGCAGGUGCUUAGGGCGCGGCCAUGCAUAGCCGAUAGAGAUCGAGGAACAGCACUGUAUCGUUCAAUUAGCGGGAGCUUGUGAUCAGUCUGAGCAAGCAAAACCUUCCAGUCCGUUCUCUUCCGGACUCCGGAAACACGUUCAUUUGACAACCUAGUCCUGUGGCUGUUGACCAUGAUAUCGAGCUUCAGUACCUGUGGCAGUGGCGACGACUCCUCUCGUUCAUGGUGUCUGAUGGGUGACUUGGCCUCUGUAACCGCCAUGGCCUUACACCGAGGCUUCGACAAUGCAGGGUCUCGCAAACUUUUCCUCUCUCUCUUCUGCAAG